AUGGCGGUAUGGAGCCGGAGACAGUUCACCACCACUUCGAGUACUUCAUUUCCAGGUGGCCCCAUGGGAAUGGGCGGCUCCGGUUCCGCUCCGACAUACUUCCAACGACAGACGAGCCUUCCUGCGAACACCAUUAUCCGAUUUGUACCGCAGCAGACUGCAUGGAUUGUGGAGCGCAUGGGCAAGUUUAAUCGGAUAUUGCAACCUGGUUUAGCUAUCCUCGUACCUAUUAUCGAUCGCAUCGCCUACGUCCAAUCAUUGAAAGAGGCGGCCAUCGAGAUUCCCAGCCAGAGCGCAAUAACAGCUGACAAUGUCACGCUCGAAUUGGACGGCGUCCUUUACACAAGAGUAUUCGACGCAUACAAAGCGAGUUACGGGGUUGAGGAUGCAGAAUAUGCCAUCUCACAGCUGGCGCAGACGACUAUGAGGUCCGAAAUCGGCCAACUCACUCUCGAUCAUGUCCUCAAGGAAAGAGCCAAUCUCAAUUCGAACAUAACGCAGGCGAUCAACGAAGCCGCACAAGAGUGGGGUGUGGUGUGCUUGAGAUACGAGAUCAGGGAUAUCCAUGCCCCGGAGGGCGUAGUCGCCGCCAUGCAUAGGCAAGUUACGGCAGAACGAUCAAAGAGAGCCGAAAUCUUGGAUUCCGAAGGUCAGCGGCAGAGUGCAAUCAAUAUCGCCGAGGGCCGUAAACAAUCCGUUAUCUUGGCGUCCGAGGCUUUGAAGGCCGAGCAAAUAAAUAUGGCAUCUGGUGAAGCCGAGGCCAUUCUGCUGAAGGCACAGGCAACAGCCCGGGGUAUCGAUGCCGUUGCAGAAGCGAUCAAACGAGGAGAAGCCAAUGCUCAAGGAGCUGUCAGCUUGAGCGUUGCAGAGAAAUAUGUUGCAGCCUUUGGCAACCUGGCCAAGGAAGGAACUGCCGUCGUCGUGCCGGGCAAUGUUGGAGACAUCGGCCAGAUGAUUGCUACCGCGAUGGCUGUGUAUGGGAAAGUAAACGAGAAUCAAACCAUGAAUCUCGCGGCCAAGGUCGUUGGCACAACGACUGCGAAAGACGAGGCCAGAUCGAAAGAUGUUGGGGCGAGAGUGAUCGAGGCGGCCCAGCACGGGGAUGCCAAAGAUGUUGCGCAGACAGUCCUCGAAGGGUUUGAGCAGACACGGGAGGCAAGGAGGUAG